GACACCUGGCCAUCCAAUAUUUGGAGUAAGAAACGCAGAGCCACCGCCCCACUUUUCGACUUGUGGUAUGAGCGCCCCUCUUGUGGUAUGAUCAUUCGUUUCAUAAUUUUUUGAAAUCUCAGUAUCUAUUUUCAUGUCUGAAACUUUCUGAUUUUUUUCUCCUCCUUUCCAUCUAUGGUAGUUUGAGGUUUACAAAGAUUUGAUAUGCAGGUUUCGACGACAGAGCCACCCAACUUCCGUGUUUUAUGACUCUUAUCAUGAAACACUUUUGACUGCAUAACUCGUUAUUGGAAGUUUGAAUUGUGAAUUUUUUUUAUGUUCUCUCUCUUUUUUCAUUUCUGUUUUGUUUUUGGUGAGGACUGAGGUGUGUGUGAUGGUGGGAUUGCUUUGGAUGGAAAAUUUGGAUUUUGAUGAGGGGAAGUGGAUUUGAUGAGGUUAAUGAGUUUCUUGUUUGGGUUUUUUAGAUCUGUGACUUGAAGAACUGGAUUUGUUGGGGGCUACCUGAGAUGGAUGACUACAUUAUCCAUAUCAUGGGCUUCGAAUUCGUUGAUUAAGGCGGAAUUAGAUGCAUUUCUCUCUAAACUUUAUGAUUGUAUGAUCUGAAGUGUUUACGGUUUUUGUGUCUCCUUGUGCUGGUGAAGUAAGCUCGGGAAGCUCUCUCUUGAGGAUUGGAAGUGUAUUUGUUGGUAUUUCGAAUGGAGAUAUUCUCCCAAUCCUGCUCUGUAAAAUCCCAGCAUCUUUAGGACAUGUUGUAGAGUUUGAAUGAGUGAAGCUUUUUCAAGUGCAAGGACAUUAUUAGAUGUGAUUUCUAGACCAUUUUUGAGUUAUAUCCAGGGUCUUCAACUUGUUUAUUCCUUGCUCUUGCGGAGUCCUGUCCAUCUGAUACAAGAAUUACAAGAUUGAGAGGAAAGAAGGAAGCAUCCUGAAUUUGCAGAGAAAAAGCAAGGGGAACAAUUCUCGGAUGGUUAACAACAACUACGCCGAUAGUAGUAAUCCUCUGGCUCGGCAACCUUCAGUCUACUCUCUGACGCUCGAUGAGUUCCAGAAUGCACUAGGGGGCAUGGGUAAGGACUUUGGUUCCAUGAACAUGGAUGAGUUCCUAAAAAACAUAUGGACUGCAGAAGAAAGCCAAGCCAUGGCUCUUGCAUUCGAAGGAAAUCUAGGAAACAGUAGCAAUAACAGUAAUCUUCCAAGGCAGUUUAGCUUGCAAAGGCAGGGCUCGCUCACUUUGCCUCGGACACUUAGCCAAAAGACGGUGGAUGAAGUGUGGAGAGACUUAUUCAAGGAGAGUAAAGAAGGGAACAAUGGGAACAAUGCAGGGCCCGCUUUGCAACAGAGGCAACAAACACUAGGAGAAAUAACUUUGGAGGAGUUUCUAGUGAGAGCAGGGGUUGUGAGAGAAGAUACCCAGUCGACGGCUCCAAACCCAAUGAACAAUGGCUGGUACAGCGGUUCCGGAGGCAACCCAAUUGGGAAGAGUGGGGGCCUUGCUCUGGGGAUCCAGCAACCGACUUGGCAAAACGGUGGAGGAGGUCUUCUUUCCAAUAACAAGUCACAACAAGGAGUACAACAGAGCAAUUCUCUCACUAACCAGCCCACUCCUUCUCAGCAAGCAUCAUGGCUGAAUUCACAGUAUAGGAGGAGCCCUGUAGUCCAACAACAACAGCAAAAACAACCUCAAAACCAUCUUUUCCGGGAUGAAUCACAGGUAGGUUUCACCUCUACUCUGCAAUUACCCAACAACCUUGACUUAACGAACCCUGGUAUGGGAAGCGGGCUUGGCUUAUCUCAAGUGGGGGGAGCUGGAAAUGGUCUUCAGGGAAGGCCUGGAGUUGGAAUGGUAGGUAUUGGUGAUGGGUCAUCAGUUAAUAGCAUUGGAACAGCUGCUCCAGUUGGGAAUGGCUUUAUGCAUGGCGGUGGUCUCCAAGGUGGUGGGGUUGGAUUGGGCCUUGUUGGGUUAGGAGGAGGAGCAACCAAGAAUGUAGCUGCAGGCUCUCCUGCUCAGCUUUCCUCUGAUGGUCUAGGCAAGAGCAAUGGAGACAAUUCCUCUCUGUCUCCCACUCCUUACAUUUUCAGUGGGGGCCUUAGAGGGAGGAAAUGUAGUGGAUCUGUGGAGAAAGUUGUUGAGCGGCGGCAGAGGCGUAUGAUAAAGAACAGGGAAUCAGCUGCAAGGUCACGGGCACGCAAACAGGCAUAUACAAUGGAGUUGGAAGCCGAAGUGCAGAAACUCAAAGAAGAGAACAUGGAACUGCAGAAAAAACAGGAGCAAUUAAUGGAACUACGAAAAAAUCAGGUACUGGAGAUGACGAACCAUGAAGUUGGACCAAAGAGGUGUUUGAGGAGGACACGAACUGGGCCUUGGUAGAUGUGAUCAAUCUAAUCAGUGAGCUGUGAGUUUAGUUCGAUUGUCAAUGUUAGAUGUACAUAGUGAGGGGAAAUCUUUUGUGUUCUGUAAAUUAAGAAUUUAUAUUAGAUUGUUGUGAAUUAAGUUUACCAUUCUUCAUGUAUUUAGCUGCUCUUCUUUUAGAUGUAAUGCCAUAAGGGAAGUGAAGCAGAGUGCAACAAACUUUAAAACUCGUUGCAGAUUGGAGAAAAUGCAGGACUCAUGAAAUUUUCCACUUUUCGCUCAUUAAGAGA